AAUGGAAAAAAGUCAAAGUAACAUUGACCAAACUCGUCGAUUAAUUAUAUUAUCUUUUUGGGUUGUAAUAUUAAUCGGCAUCCCUUUAUGGUGGAAAACAACCGAGGUUUAUCGUGCUCAGCUACCAUUUACAGAAAUAGAAGAAUGGUCUAACUGGGAGACACUCGGUAUAGACUUUCCAAUUCACUUUACAUUAUAUGUUGCCGAAGUGGAGGAUAGUGUUAAUAAUUUCGGGAAUCUUUCCGCGCGUCUGGAAAAAUCGAUUAUGUCGAAAUAUGAUUCUAUCAACUCAAUAAGCGGUGAAAAUAGUUCUUUAAAAUCGAUUCGAUUUCCGAUUAAAUGCGAAAUGGUGAAGUGGGAUGGAUGGAAAGAUGCCCUCAAAGAAAGAUUUGAUCCUGAAAUUUUGAAUUUUGAAAGUAGGAAUGGACAAUAUGCUUUUUAUAUAUUACCUGGGAGCAGUGUGAAUACGAAGGUUUUGGUGGGAAAUCAAAGACAAGCGAUUAUAGAGGUUAAGAAUUGGAAUAUUGAAAUUGAUAGCAUGAGAACAAUGAAAUAUUCACCGAUGUAUCAAGUAACAUUUAGCCUUAUGAACGGUGAUCCAUCAAGUUUGCUUGUAGACUGGGAUAUUGAACGGGCU